UACAUGGGUAUGCACGCUUGAUUGAUCUUUUUGCGCGUCUCGCGUUUGUUAGGCCGUCCGCGGCGCCCGCACAAUGAACGCACGCUCGGAGACGUUCGAGCUGACGAUGGAGGGGCGGCAGGUGGACGAGGCGGUCGCCAGCAUCUUCCACACGGUGCUCUUUCAUCGGUCUCUAGGAAAGUUUUACUACAACGACGACGAGAAUUACUCGGUGGGUACGGUGGGCUACACGGACGUCGACUGCGAUUUUAUUGACUUGACAUACGUGUGCUGCACGAGUGGGCGUCUGGAUGCGACGCUGCGUCGUGAAAUCAGUUGCUUCUCGGAGCUGCUGCGUGGCAACGAAGGCGCUGGCAUGGGUCAGAUCAGCCUCGAGUUCUUCCAGAAGAAACCCUCACGGUGGUUGUGGCAAGAGGAGCAGAUCCCUUGGGAGGUGUGGACAGUGCGUCUCGAGUUAAUCGCACUCCAGAACGAGGACGAGCGACAGGUGUGCCGCGAAAAGGUCGGCGAACUACUCACGGAUAAGAUUCUCUAUAUCACCGAGGUGAUGAACCGCCACGACUACCUGCCGAAGAUGCCCAACCGCCCUGAGCUUGAGUUCAUCUUUGACACCGGCUACCAGGACGUGCAGCCGUAUCUUUUCAAGCUUAACUACAGCACGUCCGGCCCGCCCUCCAGCUCGAUGGGUUCUACGAUGAAGAAGCUUAUCAAGGAGACGCUUGACCUCUGAGCGCCCGUGCACUCAUCCCACACCAAAGACACAUGCGCGCUCCUUACUUAACUAAAGAGUUCUUAAAACGCUGUAAGUUGUGACCAACAAUAAACAAAAAAAAAACGCUGGCUGCAAACUGCGCUCCGAUGUGGGUGCCCAGAACUUAAGAUUGAUGCGCGAGAAUAGUGAGUUUUUACAAGUUUAACAUAGGUAAUGUUUAAUUUACGAUAGGAGUUUUCCGAUUUGCUUGCCUUUGGUUGGAUUGCAUUUAGCACUUGAUGAUUCAGCGGAUGAAAACAAUAAGGUAGUCCUAAUAAGUGUCUUUGAAGAAGAGAGGGAAGAAACCUACGUGUAUAUUUACUGAUCUUUUCUUCGUAACCUAACUAUUUACUGACUGUAAAUAACAAAUUAGUGGAAGUUAUUUUUAUUAUCUUAGAGCGCACUCAGCAGACAGCUACACAUACACAACAUGCGUACAUUUGCGGGCGGCGCAGCACAUGCCGAGAAUCAAAAAACGUGUUUUGUACUGUAUGGCAUCCAAUAUGUAAUAUAUGUACAAGUCGAAUAGAUGGACGGACAUCUCAGAAUUCGUAGAUCUAGUUUUUGUGAACUCGGAGCACUUAAUUAUCGUAACGUGAUACAAUGAAUAUAUAAUAACGCUAAAUCUAAAUCUAAACACACAAAGAGAUAUGCAGAAAAAGUAUAAAUUGUGUAUUAUAUAAAUAUAGGUUGAACGUUGUUGUGAUUCGAGACGAAUUCCGAUUAUUGUAAAUUUACGAUUACAAUAAACCAACAAAUGCAUAGCUGA